ACCACAGCCACCAUCAGUCACACGCAACGAACAAUUACUCAGAUCACUUGAUAAUUAGUUCCACAUUUGCCUUACCAUAGUUUAAAGAGCAUUGUUUUUUUUUCUCUUUUGGUAGGCGAUCAUUUUUUUAUUUGAUAUGUGAUCCUGUAAACCGCCUCCGGUCGUGAAGUUUGGUUGGUUUUAAUUGCAAGAGAGAGAGAGAGAGAGGGGGGGGAGGGAAAUAAAACAAUUGGGGGACGUUAAUGGUAUAAUAAUGACCUCCUUGAGCGCAAGAGCAAAUUUUGUGUGCUUUUUUUAUUUUUAUUUUAUAUACAACUUUUCCGGUACACAGUCCCCCCAUGAGUAAGCUGGUGACUGCUCUUUUCAGCUGAGCAUUAGAUCAUCAUCAAAGUCGUUCAUCGCUCUUGUAAUUUCCCGUCAGCAUUCGAAUGACAAGCUGCAAGCACGCUUGUGGAAACAGAGUGACGUCAUGACGUCAUCGAUAUGACACCCGUGCGAUUUUGUAUUUUUAUACCGAGUUCGAUACCUGAGGCUCUCCUGUAUUUUUUAUUUUUAUUUUUUAUUUUUUCAUUUUUUUUAAAAUUUUUUAUUUUUAUUUUUUGAAAAUCGAGCGAGAGCGUAUUUACGGCGUCUUAAGUCGCUUCAAGUGCCACCAGUCUGCUCAGCUUUAGCAAAGGGGAGCCUUUCACACAGCCAAAGUUCGUAGUUAUUUUUUUUCCUCUCUCUCUCUUUCUCUUUUUACGUGGCUCUUCUACUACACCUGUGCUUUAGCAGGCCCGCGAGGACAUAAUUUGUUAGCCGGAAGUCUGCCGAACAUGAUACCAGUUAUUUACCUCAUGGGUAAAUUGGGCAAACAUGAGGAGAGUGUUCCUGCCUCUUUGUGGCCUGACGUACCCUGAGGAGAUUCCCAGGUGUGACCUGGGCCCGCAUAAAUACCAAGAGCUUCAGGGCCGCCUUAGGAGUCAAGUGUCGAAUGAGGUCUACAAAUGGCCGCACAAUACGAAGUUGCGAUCUUCGUGGCUACGGCACUCGUAGCCCUAGAUGUCGUUGAAGCAAUGCCUGGAUUUACCGGGGGCGCCAGCAUAAGCUACGGUGGCAUUGGAGGAGGCGCCCACGGAAGCUCCUACGGAGGGUUUGGUAACGGUUACGGUGGUGGCUACGGCGAGGGAUACGGGAGUUACUUCGGAGGCGCUUAUGGCAACUCCGGCGGGCUGAGUGGCUCCUUCUACGGGGGCGGCUACGGCGGUGGCUACGGCGGGGGAGGAUUUGGAGCCUACGGAGGAAGCCACGUGGGAAGUAGAGGUUAUGGCUACUAGUCAGCUCGAUCGUUGUAACCCGUCACCAUAACAGAUCUGUAAGGUUAAUAAAGUUAAUUUUAAGUAUGA